AUGGCAUCAUGUACUGAUUUUAAUCGAUCUGCAGGUCGUCCAAUAAUAAAGGCCACAGCAAUUCCGAUAUCUUCAAGUAAAAAGCUUGUUGAACCAUUUAAUCGUCUUAAAUAUCGAGCAAACUUAUUUCGACGAAAAAAUUAUUCAUCUCAACUUAAUAUAAGUAGUGAUUCAAGUAAUUAUCGAUCGUCUACAGGCACUGAUCAUAUCGUUCCUUCUCAUCAAUCAUCAAUAACAAAUAAUAAUAAUAUUGGCGUUAUUCUUCUUAAACGUUCAAAUUCUAUGGUAUGUCCUCAAAUACGUUUACAAUCACUUAUAAAUCAAAAUCAAAAUCAAAAUAUUAACAAUAAUAAUAAUAAUAAUAAUAAUAAUAAUCUACGUAAUUCAAUUUGUAUUGAAUUAGCUGGUUGUUCAACAGACGAAAGUUCAACGGACGAUUAUCAAUUAAUUAAAUCAUCAUCAUCCUCAUUAUCAUCAAAUCGUUAUUGGACUAAGCCAAUUUCAUCGACAAUGAAUGAUAUUGAUAAACAUAAAAUUCUAUCGUCUAUUCAACCAUUAGCUGUCAUUGAUGAAUAUAAAGUUAAUCAGGAUGACAAAACUGAUCAAGACGAAAACGUAUCAUCAUCAUUAUUACCUAACGAUAAUAACAACAGUGAACAGGCGUCUGUCAUUCUUCCAUCAACUAUGGAUGUUAUUAUAACAGAAAAAGACAAUGAAGAAAAACAACAAGAACUUAUAUCUUCUUCAACUAUACCAAUAUCUACUAUAUCUUCAUCUCAUUCAUCAUCAUCAUCAGCAUCAUCAUCGACAGUUAUAUUACGAGAUCAUGCUGAAGCAAUUCGUACACGUCGUCAGUGCCAUUCAAGUAUAUCUCUUCUUCAACAUCAGCAACGGCAACAAUCUUUAUCUUCAUCAUUUGAAGAACCAUUUUAUGAUUGUAAACAACAAAUUUCACCAAAAAAACCCAAUCAAAAUUUUGAUAUGUCUACAGUAAAAAUUUCAACAUGUACAAUGACUGGUAAAUCAUUGAAUAAUCUUGAUGAUUGUUUAUCAUCGACAUCAUCCGAAGAAAAAGGUGUACAAACAGCAUCCAAUGAACCAAUAAAUAUUACUUCAUGCGUUAAAAGAGCUAUAUCUUCUACUAGUUUAUCAUCGUCAUCAACAUCCAAUAAAACAGAUUCACUUGAAAAAAAACCUAAAAUGCCAAUUACAACAACUGAUGAAACAACAUCAACUAAUGAUAUUGAUACACUCACACAUUUAACUGUCCAACAUCAAACAGAAUUACAUUAUAAAUGGCCACAUAUACAUGAAAGAUUACUUGGUGAACAAGCAUGUAUUUAUUGGGUUAAUUAUUUAGGUUCAACAGCAAUUAAAAUGUCAGAUGAUGGUACAACUGCUAUGCCAUCACAAGCUAUUGCAAGGUUAAAACAAUCAACUCAAUAUGCACGUGUUUUACCAAUAAUUGGUUUAAGUAUAUCAUCACGUGGUGUCGAAUUUUUAAAACAUACAAAAGAUCGUAAUGUUAUAUGUUUUCAUGAUAUCAAAUCAAUUCAUUGUGCAUGUCAAGAUCAAGAUUUACGUUAUUUUGCUUAUGUUACACGUGAACAACGUCUUACUAAUGGUAUGUCACAUGUUACUACAAAUUCUACUCUCGAUAAUAAACAACUAUCACCACCAUCACCAUCAUUAUCAUUAAGCAGUGAUUAUCAUCAUUACUGUCAUGUAUUUGUUGUUAAAAGUGAAACAAUGUCAACUGAAAUCAUGUUAACAUUUGGUCAAGUAUUUGAUAUUGCUUAUCGUCUUCAUCAUCGUUCAAAAUGUAAUGGUAAAAAAUCUCAAGAUAUACAUACACCAUUAUCAUCUGUCACUAAUGGUGAACGUCAUCAUCCACAACUUGAAGUUAUUCGUCUUUCGACUAAGUCUGAUAUUACACAUAAUAAUAAUAUAAUUAUGUCAUCAUCGACACAUUCACCAGCAACAUCAUCAUCAUCAUCAUCAAUGGAUGAUCGAAAAAUAUUUGUUUAA